GGAAAAAAUCGCGUGAUAGAUCGUGCGAGUGUGUGUGCGUGCGAUUCGUCAGAAAUCAUACGUAGAAACCGUUUCGCAGUUCGCCAGACAGGACGAGAGUGGUUUAAUCGCGCGAUUAUUCCAUCCAGUACGGGCUACAUUGGGCAGUGUUCCGGGUAUUUUCCACUUCUCGUUUGGUAUCGUUGCUGGCAGACCGGGCAGAAGUAGAAUUCUUUGCCCGCAUAGGAGAAGCACCACUCCACCACAUCCUGCCUGCGUGUGAUGAUACUUUCUCCCGUCUUCGGUGUCUCGCCGUGUCGCUGCUGACGGGGAGCGGUGCGCUUUUUUUGUUGCUUUCUUUUCGCGUGUGUCCAGGUGCUGACCGAAGCUUGGCGAAGCUGGCCACAUCCGCUCGGUGGUUGAUUCAUGGUCAGCGGUGAAGAAAAGAAAAUUCUGUAUCGUUCUCGCGUACAAAGUGAUGCGGCACUGUGCGUGAAGUUCCCGCUGCGUGUGUGUGAAGAUAUUUGACGGAAGUUGAGGUGGUGCUAUUGCGGUGCUGCCUUCCCCUCCCACCCCAUAGUUGCGCUCGACACGUUGCCAUCUCCAAUUAGGGCCACCUGUGAAAAGGCGUGCGAUGGUGGUGUAAAGCAAAAAUUGGCCAAAAGUGCAGUGAGAAGAUACGCCGUGAGCAAUCGUUGUGCCAGUGUUCCGAAAACCGUUCCUGCCGUCUGAGACGGGGUGUGCAUUGUUUUCGUCUAGCACCCUUCCCGGCGAACCGUAUCGCGCGGAGUGUGAACCGAUUCUAAAGAACUGCAGCACCCCCGCUCGAAGAACACACACACACACGAUGUAUUUCUACAAACAAAAGCUGCUGCACGCGGCGCAGCUGAAGAAGCUGUACGACCACAAGUAUUCCUGCACCAACGUCAGCCUGAUGGAUCCGUUCCUGCAGCCCUGGUGGUGCUGGCUCGUCUCGAAGGUGCCGCUCUGGUUGGCCCCCAAUCUCAUCACGAUCGUCGGCCUGGCGAUCAAUAUCGCCACCACGCUCAUACUGAUCUCCUACAGCCCCACCGGCCGUGAGGAACCCCCGCGAUGGUCGUCGGCGCUGUGCGGCAUCGGCCUGUUCAUCUACCAAAGCCUGGACGCGAUCGAUGGCAAGCAGGCGCGCCGGACCAACUCGUCCUCGCCGCUGGGCGAGCUGUUCGAUCACGGGUGCGACUCCAUCUCGACCGUGUUUGUCGCCCUGUCGGCCUGUAUCUCCGUCCAGCUCGGCUACUACCCGCGGUGGAUGUUUUUCCAGUGCUUCUGCGCGAUGACACUGUUCUACUGUGCCCACUGGCAGACGUACGUGUCCGGUACGCUCCGGUUCGGGCGCAUCGACGUAACCGAGGCCCAGUGCACGAUCAUCGGCAUUCAUAUGAUAUCGGCCAUCUUCGGUCCCUCGAUCUGGAUGACGAAGAUCUUCGGCCAGUUCGAACUGUGGAGCACGAUGGCCGUCAUGACCAUCCUGUGCGGUGGCUGGUCACUGCUGGAGUUCUUCUCGGUGAUCCGUGCCGGCGGUGUCGGUAAAAACGGAUCCACGGUCGCCCUACCGUUGAUGGGGGGCAUCGACAUAAAGACGGUCCCGCUCUACUUUGCCGUGUUUGUGUUCGGACUGCUCGCCUAUCAGAACGCGUCCGUUAUCUUUACCGGUGGCGUGGGCAAAAAUGGAUCUACUGUCGCUGGCACGAGCGUACUAUCGCCGAUCAUCCCGUUCCUGUUCGUCGUAGUGCCGGCGUACGUGAUCUCGCAGAAAUCGACGGAUCAGAUCUACGAAAACCAUCCCGCCCUGUACAUAAUGGCGUUCGGGAUGAUUACGGCCAAGGUGACGAACCGGCUGGUGGUCGCCCAUAUGACAAAGAGCGAAAUGGAGUACCUUGACUGGGGACUGAUUGGGCCGCUGUGCCUGUUCCUCAACCAGUACUUCAACAGCUUCCUGCCAGAGUACUACGUCCUGUGGUUCUGUUUGCUCUGGUGUACCGUCGAUCUGAUCCGGUACUGUGGGCAGGUGUGUCUGGAAAUUUGCGACUACCUGAAGAUUGAGCUGUUCCGCAUUCCCUACCCACCGAAGCCAGUAAUGACAUCACAAGGUACGAACCCUCCACAGCAUCACCACCACCAUCACCAUCACAGUCACGAUAACAAGAACGGUACGCAUAGUCUAACCAAUAACAACAACAGCGCAGCGACGUCCGCCCAGCAGCAGCAGCAGCAAUCGAUCAACAGAAAGCAAACGCGUGCCAGCAGCAGAAAGCACAAUCAGCAGCAACAAUCAAGCAUCAACAACAAUCGUCGCUCGUAUCCGACCACACCGGUGCGUAACCUAACCGUGCCACCGGCGAUGGGCCAACGGACGGCGUCGGAGGACAAUCCAAGCCCGCGCGUGACACCAAACUCAUCGCCCCGCAAACCGCAUCGCGUAUGAGGGAUGUCGGUGCACACUAUCCCAGCAUCAUUAGGAAAAACACCAUCAGGGAAAAAAGGGAACAGAGAACAUGAUGAGUAGAGUUGGAUGGCAAGGGGGUUGGUGGUACAUUGUUGGUGAUGGAUAUAGAAUUAAUUGUCGCUACUUGCCAGUGUUCUUUCGUAAGAGUGGAGUGCGAUCGAAAUGGUUUGGUGCAUAGUUUCGUGUUGCUAGGUGUGUGCUAUAUUGUGUACCACUAAGGUACGACCAGCGAGUCAAAUCUGUCUCGAGGAAAAGAAAACUGAACUGAUACUGAACUAGGUGUGUCCCAUCCAUCGAACUACUCAGAACUAAGCUUAUGCAAACACUUGAAGAAAUUAAAGCACUGGUAUAAAUGAACAGAAUUAAACCAUUCACUUCUUUGCUCUUACAGCAUCAAGCCGGCACAGUGUGUGUGUGUGUCCAGUGGUGGAAGACAAUAGUCUCUAACUCUGUGUACAGACAGGAGGACGGUGGUCGCACUAGAAUUUAAUGAAACGAAACAUUACGGGCAUCACAGACAAAAAAGCAAGCGCAAAAGCAAGUAAACGAUGCUUGUUAGAGUCUUUCGGGGCAGACGUGUACACACGCGUUACAGUCGCUCCACCAGAAACUAGAAGAGAUUGAGUAUAGAAUUAGCGCAAGCGAAAGGAAGACGGACGUCCCUUUUCGAGGGACAGAAGACAGCUAAAAAGACAAUGCACCGUACGUUGUAAGAGCAAUCGAACCAAGAGCGGUUUUUACCAAAAAACCACUAGUUAAAUUGUAACGAAUUCACCCUUCCUGCUGUGUCAGUUGUGCCCGCGCCUCCUUCCUUUCUAGAGGAACAAUGCGUCCUACAACUAGGAAAGGGGUAAGGGCAAUAGAAGUUGUUUAGAAAUAUAUUUAUACCAAUAGCGGGUAGUAGUUGUGUGAAGUGAAAGCUGCUAGAAUUAACGAAUGUUCGAGCCGGAAUGUCCGGGCUGUGUGGUGUGGUGUGUGUGUGUGGUGGUGAAUGGCGCAAUGCAAUAAAAUCGAACACUGUUGCGUGAUAAUUGCUGUUAAAGGAGAA